AUGAACCAUAUCCCGAAGACUGCAAAGGCUCUCGUUUUGCGGAAAGCCGCACAAGCGUCCAAACCUGUCUACCAUGACGCCGUACUCGAGGACCUCCCUCUUCCCGAACUGAAGCCUGGCCAUGUCCUCGUCCGCAUUCACGCCGCCGCGUUCAACCACAGAGACCAUUGGGUUCGCAAGGGCAUGUACCCUGGGAUCGGGUUCGGGAGUGUCCUGGGCGGAGACGGUGCAGGCGUGGUAGUGGCCUCAACAGAUAAAUCCGACGAAUUGCUGCGGAAGCGCGUCGUUCUGGUGCCCAUGCGCGGAUGGGAGCGCGAUCAAGAGGCGCCAGAGUCGCGAUUCUUUGUACUGGGCGGUAGCAAUGCCAACCCCCUAGGCACAUUCGCCCAGUACGUUGUCGUCGAGCGCGACCAGAUCAUUCCCAUCCCAGACCAUCUCGACGACGUGCACGCCGCGGCGUGGCCCAUUGGAGCCGUGACUGCUUGGAGAGCAACCAUGGUCAACGGCGCGGUGAAGCAGGGCGACAGCGUCCUCAUCACUGGUAUCGGCGGAGGCGUCGCGCUCACCGCGCUCCAGCUCUGUGUUGCCCGUGGCGCGAACGUGUACGUCACGAGCGGGGGCGAGGACAAGAUCCGUAAAGCAGUCGCGCUCGGUGCCAAAGGUGGCGUGAGCUAUAAAGCUGACGACUGGCCUAAGCAGCUUGCUGGGCUACUCAAAAAGAACGGCGCGUCUGCACUCAGCGUAGUCAUUGACGCGGGCGGAGGGGAUAUUAUGGGCAAGACAUCCAGCAUCCUGAAGCCCGGCGGACGCGUCGUGGUGUUUGGGAUGCACGCGAGUCCGACAGUGACCAUGACGAUGCGUGAAGUCAUGCGGAACCAGAAACUCAUUGGCUCGACGAUGGGAUCGAAGCAGGACCUUAUCGACGCGACUAAUUUCCUCGCACAGCACCGCAUCGUGCCCGUCGUUUCGGAGGUCCUCGACGGACUCGAGUCCGCCGAGCGCGGCUUCCAGAUCCUCGAGAACGGGGAGCAGUUUGGCAAGAUCGUCAUCCGUGUCGCCGACUCGUCUCCCAAGGCUGUCCCUGCCAAGCUAUGAGCGAUGAGCCGUUCUGCAGACUAGUCGAUAUACCCGGGAUCGUCGUGGCGAAACUCGACUCACCGAAGCGUGAUGGAACAUCAAAGGAACGUCCAUGGAUAUGCUCGCUCCAACAAGACACAUGAGAUCUAAAUGUAUAUGUAUGUACAACAAUCCAAAGGCCUAUGCUAUGACGACAAGAUGAAC